AUGGCAUCGCGAAUGCUAAGGCGACUUCCGUCCCGGGCCCACGGAAUAUUCUCCCACCGGAGCUUCUCAUCCCCGGCGCACCCGAUCCCCGUCACUCUCUUCCCGGGCGACGGCAUUGGCCCCGAGAUCUCCGACUCCGUCAAACAGGUGUUUACGGCGGCUGACGUGCCGAUUAAAUGGGAAGAACAAUACGUGGGGAAUGAGAUCGAUCUUCGUACUCGAAGCUUUCUUACAUGGGAGAAUCUAGAAUCUAUGAAGAAAAACAAGUACGGUUUAAAAGGGCCGAUGGCCACACCGAUUGGGAAAGGCUUUCGCUCACUCAACCUCACUUUAAGGAAAGAGCUCAAUCUUUACGCCAACGUUAGGCCUUGUUUUAGCCUCCCCGGCUACAAGACGAAAUACGACAACGUCGAUCUCGUCACUAUUCGCGAAAACACCGAAGGCGAGUACAGUGGACUCGAGCAUGUAGUGGUGAAAGGUGUUGUGGAAAGUCUAAAGAUUAUUACACGGCAUGCGAGUCUUAGAGUUGCGGAGCAUGCUUUUCGGUACGCAAAGGAACACGGUCGAGAAAGAGUAUCUGCUAUACACAAAGCCAAUAUCAUGCAGAAAACUGAUGGUCUUUUCCUUAAGUGUUGUAAGGAGGUAUCAGAGAAGUAUCCAGAGAUAAAAUACGAAGAAGUUGUAAUCGACAAUUGCUGUGUCAUGCUUGUGCAGGAUCCAUCGUUAUUCGAUGUUCUGGUGAUGCCGAAUCUUUACGGUGACAUAAUCAGUGACCUCUGUGCUGGUUUGAUCGGAGGGUUGGGAUUAACUCCGAGCUGCAAUGUUGGUGAGGGAGGUAUUGUUCUUGCUGAGGCUGUACAUGGCUCUGCUCCUGAUAUUGUUGGAGAGAAUAAGGCGAAUCCAACGGCGUUGCUUUUGAGUGGUGUGACGUUGUUACGGCACAUGGAUCUUGAAGACAAAGCUGAUCGAAUUCAAGAAGCUGUUUUUAAGACGAUUGCGGAAGGCAAGUACAGAACAUGGGAUCUUGGCGGUAAAUCUACUACGACUGAUUUCACCAAAGCGAUUUGCGACCAUCUUUAAUUUCAACUGUUGAUUUUAAUAAU